CCAAAGAUCUUGUGGGUCACUUGCCUUUAAAAGCAGUUCAAUUUGAGCUUUUACGGUGUUUGUUUCUCCGCUUUGUUGUUUUUCCUUUUAAUGCGGCUUAUGCAUCAUGACCCUCAGUCACUCGCUCCUACUUAUUCGCCACGCUUCUUCUUCCACCCAUGAAUAUUCUCUGGGAAAAUCCCUUGUCUGCCAUGUUUCUUCCCGGCAGCAAUCUUAUAUGGAGGUUACCCAGAACUUCUGUGAAGCGCUGAGAGCUUGUUCAAGCAUUGGAGACGUACUUAUUGGCCGAAAGCUCCAUGCCCAGCUCAUCUCUAUGGGCUUGUACGCUUCGGUUUUCCUCCAGAACCAUCUCUUGCACAUGUACUCCAAUUGCAACUGGAUUGAUGAUGCUUUCCGGGUUUUUUAUAGCAUUCAAAAUCCUAAUGUUUUUAGCUGGAACACAAUGAUUAAUGGGUUGCUCGAUUCCGGUCGAGUGGGAGAAGCAGAGAAGUUGUUUGAAGAAAUGCCUGUUAGAGACUCUGUCUCUUGGACUACGUUGAUGUCGGGCUAUUUUCGUAAUGGGCGACCACAGGAAACUGUCAAAGUUUUUGCGUCAAUGUUUCUUUGUUGUGGUGGUGUUUCUGAUCCGUUUGCUUUCUCUUGUGCCAUGAAGGCUUGUGGUAGCCUUGGCCACAUCAAAUUGGCUCAUCAACUGCACGGUCUGGUGGAGAAAUUGGAUUUUGGAAGCAACAUUCCUAUUCAAAAUUCUCUGGUUGAUAUGUACAUUAAGUGUGGUUCAGUGCUUUCCGCUGAAAGUUUGUUUUUGAAGAUCUCAAAGCCUAGUUUGUUCUGUUGGAACAGUAUGAUCUAUGGUUACUCUAAAUUUUAUGGGGCCUCAAAGGCUCUUGAUUUGUUUACCCAAAUGCCUGAACGUGACAAUGUGUCUUGGAACACAAUGAUUUCGAUCUUCUCUCAACAUGGUUUCGGAGUAGAGAGUCUUAACAUGUUUGUUGAGAUGUGGAAUCAAGGUUUUAGGCCGAAUUCUAUGACAUAUGCUAGCGUACUUAGUGCGUGUACUAGUAUAUAUGAUCUAAAAUGGGGCACCCAUUUGCAUGCUCGGAUUGUCCGUAUGGAACCAAGUAUGGAACCAAGUGUUGAUGUUCUAGUGGGAAGCUGUUUGAUCGAUAUGUAUGCAAAAUGUGGGCACUUAGGAUUUGCGUGGCAGGUUUUCAAUAACUUAAGAGAACAAAAUGCAGUUUCAUGGACUUCUUUGAUCAGUGGAGUUGCACAGGUUGGGCUUGAAGUAGAAGCUUUUGUUCUCUUUAAUCAAAUGAGAGAGGGCACUGCUGCCUUGGACGAAUUUACUCUUGCAACAAUUAUUGGCGUUUGUUCAGGUCAAGAAUAUGUUUCAGUAGGGGAACAGCUCCAUGGAUACACAAUAAAGGCAGGAAUGGACUCCUCUAUUCCUGUAGGAAAUUCUCUUAUUACAAUGUAUGCGAAGUGUGGAAAUGCCAAUGAAGCAAAUCAUGUAUUUAAAUUGUUGCCCCUCAGAGAUAUAAUAACAUGGACAGCGAUGAUAACCACAUUUUCACAGGCUGGUGAAGUUGAAAAGGCCAGGGAAUAUUUUAAUAAAAUGCCAGAGCGAAAUAUAAUAACUUGGAAUUCAAUGUUAGGUACAUAUGUUCAAAAUGGUUUAUGGGAAGAAGGUCUGAAACUGUAUACCCUGAUGCUAAGGAAAGGGGUUGACCUAGAUUGGAUCACGAUUGCAACUUCAGUUAGAGCCUGUGCCGAUCUAGCCAUAUUAAAACUUGGUAUCCAAAUUAUAGCUCAAGCUGUAAAAUUAGGUUUUGGUUCUAAUGUUUCGGUUGAAAAUAGUUUUAUUACUUUGUAUUCGAAAUGUGGGCAAAUGCAAGAAGCCCAAAAGGCCUUUGAUUCAAUUCAUGAGAAGAAUUUGAUCUCUUGGAAUGCUAUAAUGGCAGGAUAUUCUCAAAAUGGUCAUGGAAGGAAAGUGAUUGAGAUUUUUGAGAAUAUGUUGAAGACGGAUUGCAUACCCGAUCAUAUAAGUUAUAUAUCUGUUCUAUCAGGUUGUAGCCAUUCUGGACUUGUAACAGAAGGGAAACAUUACUUCAGUUCCAUGACUAAAAACUUUGGCAUCUCACCUACAUGUGAGCAUUUUGCUUGUAUGGUUGAUCUGCUUGGACGAUCUGGCUUACUUGAGCAGGCUAAGAAUUUAAUUGAUGGAAUGCCUUUCAAACCAAAUUCUGGUGUUUGGGGUGCUCUGCUCGGUGCUUGCCGGAUGCAUCGCAACUCAAAAUUAGCAGAAUUUGCAGUGAAGAAUUUGCUCGAAUUAGAUGCAAAGGAUUCUGGUAGUUAUGUCCUUCUAGCAAAUAUAUAUUCAGACUCUGGAAAGCUUGAAGCUUUUGCAGAGGUGAGAAAAAUGAUGAAAGAAAAAGGAAUCCAGAAGAAUCCAGGUUGUAGCUGGAUAGAAGUGGAUAACAGGGUUCAUGUCUUCACUGUAGAUGAUACAAAUCACCCACGAAUUAAGGAUGUUUAUAUAAUGUUGGAAGAAACAAUUAAGAAGAUAGAAGAUACAGGACAGUAUCUCAAUCCAAAUAAAUCCCUUCGCGAACAAGGUUACCAUAGUGAGAAGCUUGCUGUAGCUUUUGGUCUGAUAAGCCUGCCUGCUUGGAUGCCUAUCCUUGUAAUGAAAAAUCUCCGAGUUUGUCAUGAUUGUCAUUUGGUAAUAAAGCUAAUUUCACUUGUUACAUCUAGGGAACUUAUAGUGCGGGAUGGAUACCGCUUUCAUCAUUUCAAGAACGGCAUUUGCUCCUGUGGAGAUUUUUGGUAACUCAGGGGUAUGACAUUGGAUCUACUCCUUGCCAACUUGUUAGCAUAUGACACUAAUGCAAACAUAUGCACCAUCAUGUCUUUCUAUCAAACACUGUAAUAGAUCUCAUAAUCAUACAGUUGACUUAAAUGAGAAGACACUUGAUCUUCCUUGAGUAAAUAAUUCCAUUUGUUUGCACAAAGAACAAGACUGUUUCUCCUGCUAUUCAUGCAGAUUUUGCCGACCCCAAUUUCAUAAUCGCACAAUUUGUUGGUCAAAUAGCAGAGCAGGGUAGUGCACAGUGGUUGUGAAUACUAGCACCCUCACUGUUUUCUAUUUCAUUCUUUGUCCUAUGACUCCUAUCUGUUGUAGUUGCUACAAUACCAAUCCUAUAGCACACACCAACACCUUCAGCCUAGAUAGGGUUUGUACUUCUUGAGGCUAUAGAUCAUGGUCCUACCAUUGACCUUCAAUCAAACAUUUUUUGAACCAUCAUAUUUAAGUGCAUAUUUUGAUUGCACUUUCACCAUGCUCCCAUUUUGUUGUCCGUCAGUAUAUCCAACAUUAUUGUUCAUCCCUAGGCUGUCAUCACAAAGGUCACUGCACAUAGGAACGUCAGUCAUGCAAGGGGUGUUGUGAUUCUGGAGCUGCAUGGCGAAUGAGGACUAUGGGUGGAGUAGCAGAGGAAGAUGUCAAGGUUCAUGUCCAAUUAGUACAACACCUCAUAUGAGUUCUUCCAGAGACCUGAUUCCCCAUUGCCUCUACCAGCUCAUAAUCAGAUUCAUUUUUGAGCCAUUUUUCACCUAGGCUGAACUAGAUGCUCACAAUGCUGUUAUUUACCCAGAACUUGGUGAUUCUAGGGCCUAUGCAGAUACGACAUCUAUCUGUUCAUUAGAAUUUGAUACAUGGAGAGGCAAGCACAUGCCAUACAGGCUUAUUCAGCAAAUCUUUGUUUGCCUGCAACAUCAACAGUACAGAGCCUAUGAUGAACAAUGUGCCUCCUCUGCUGCAUGAAGCUUCCUAUAUAUGAUGAUUCCCAUGCUGUGAUUCUGAAGAUUUUAUUUCUGCUGUCCUCAAAUCAGUGGUGAUGUUGGAAUGGAAAUUUCUCAGAGAAGGGGGUAUUCAGAACUUCUUUCAUUUUUUGAGGUAUAUUUAUUAUAUAUAUACAUAUAGGAUCCCAAUAUUAGUUCUUCAUUAAUUGGGAAUUCCUAAGUUUGUUAAGCCAAGCAGGCAAUUCAUUUAUUUCAUAAUGUACAUUCAUGAAAUAAUUACCAAUGUUCGUUUUGCACUAACAGAGCCUUUUUGGAGCAGUUAGUUACAGGAGACUAUAGGCAUUACCAAUCUGAUUAGUUUCUGUUUGGAUAUAGAUCAUUUUGUGAAGUCUCCAACUUAUUAAAUAUUUGUAAUAAGGAAAAGCCCAUGGGUCAAAGGCCAUGAUCUUCAUCUUUGCCCCAACUAGGUUUCAUGAAGGCCCUACCUUGUCUUUUUAGCAUUAUAAAAUUCUGAUGUUCGUUUAAAAUUCUUAUUGUUGAGUUUGAUUGUGUCGGGAAAAAGAGUUAUUCAUCUUUUUCAGGCAGUGAGGAGGGUGAGGGGAUGGAGUUAUUUUGAAACGGUCUUUGCUGUGAUUGUGCUUUUUGGUAGUCAAAUUAUGCAUUAUGGCCUGUACCACUGGUUGGAAAAUGUUUGAAAUUUGCGAAAUUGAAUUGACUUAGACUUUUGGCCAAGACUUUUUGGUUUAUAGGGCUAAGAUUAGACAAUAUAUCUCUUUUUAAUAAUAAUAAUAUGUUUAACAUCUUUUUAAGCUAGUACAAGUUGCCAAUUUUAAUUUUUGGUGCUAUAAUGCAAACUUUUAGGAUAGUGGUUAUGGCUAAGGAUUCAUGGAAAAGAAAAAGCACUGAAUCACUUUCGAGUUAUUCGACUCAUGAUUAUUCGUUGUAAUAAACUGUGAAACUCGCUCUAAAAUGGCUGUUGAGUGAGCUUUGGCAUGGAAUUCCAUUAGUGGAAUCAUCAUGAUUAUUGAGAGCAUCAUAAUCAUAUCUCCCAUAAUUAAAAAGUAAUUCCUUAUAGAGUUUCAAAACUAAUAAAUUUCUUCUCAUUGA